UCGCGAGCAUUCCCGCUGCCCCCGGGACCAGAUCGCAACCUAUAUAUCAAUUGUAACGUGUUCUCCAGCCGAGGACAAAACGCACCCGCCACAUCCAAACAAUGCGCGUGGCUGGAGUACGCGAACCUGGACCGGCGCGCUGUUUCUAUGGAGUUACUUGAAACAUUCCAGGAAAUGCAGGCUGGGCCUUGCUGCAGAGGCAUAUAAGUGACUGGCGCGUACUUUUCUGGCCCAUUGCUCUCAGAUCCUCUUGUUCUUCCAACGACCUCUUUAUGCCUUCCAACGACGGACCUUUGACGCUUCACUUUCAUGACUGCACUCGCGUUGCUGGGGAGACUAUCUACGGCCUUGUCGAUAUAGACGUGCGCGCCGCUCUCGAAGAUGGCAUCAACCAAGUCUGUGUGACUCUAUGCGGGACCAUUCAUGCCCGGCUCUCUGUGAACAUCGCUCGCACGACUGUUCACAAGGAACAAAGCAUUAUACUGUUUUACACGCGACUGCCACUGCUUAGCGAGGACUCGGACACCCUCCGCUUUUCUCCCGGAGAGAAGACGUUGUCGUCACCUUUUCAAUUCACGUUCCCGCACGACGUGCCACCGUCGUUUCACACGCGCGGGAAGCACCACGAAGGCACGAUCGCUUACUGCAUCGAGGUGGCAGGCCGCAAAGCGGGUGAUGUGACUGCGAGGAGGCAGAUCCGGCAGCUCAUAUCUCUUGUCCCACCGGCGUCCAUUACACAGGUUGCAGCGCGUGAGUGCCUCACGUUCCCCCGAGAAUCUGAAUGGCGAGAGUACAAUACAACGAAGAAGGUCCGCCGCGGGAUCCUGGGCUCAGACUCCGAGGCGCGUCUCAAGUUGUCCAUUCCGGAUCUCGCCGCAUAUCCCAUGAGUUCCGACAUCCCUUUUGUUCUACGGGUAGAGACGGCCACGGAGCCGAUGCGCAAGAGCGGCGAGGCACCGCUGGAUAAGCGACGCAAGCCCAUGUUUCCCGCGCCCCCGACCGAAUCGGGCCAGGUGGGAAUGCAUCUGCAUCGCCGCAUGGAGAUCCAUGUCGGCCGCCAGACGAGCGCUGCCGAGGAUGACUUUGAGCUGGACAGCCGUCCCUCGGCUGACACCAGAGUCGUUGUCGACGAGCCCCAAUGGGUCGCGGGGGAUCGCAAGGGCCGAGGUUCUUGGCACCGCGCUGUCACCUUCCGGGGCUCGCUGAAUCUCGCGCUCGUUCCAACGUACAGCGCUGAUUAUCUGUCGUGGAAGUACUCUCUGCGAUUUGUGGUCAGAUUUCCGGGCAAGGCCAAUGAGGUCGAACUGGAGGUCCCGAUAUGCAUCCAUCCGUCGUUCGAGUGUCCACCGCCUCCCAUGGAAAUCCCUGACCCACGUUCUGUGGAUCCCAAAUCCCAUGGCAAUCUCGAACUACCUGCGUACGUUUCACAUGCUCUGAGGUUGGCACAUCCACCUACUGACUCCUCUCACACAGGGCCUAUUGGGCGAACAACAGCAGUCGCAUCUGGGACCUUGAAGAUAACUGACGAGCAUACAUUUCUAACAUCUGAAGACAUGAUCUACACUAUGACUCAAGGCGUCGCUCGGCCGGGCCACCUGGUAAUUGAUAUUAGCCACGAUUUGAUAACUCGAUAG